CCUAUUGCUUCUGUUAUUGUUUUUCAUGAUAAGAUGAAUGGGGUGAAGAUAAUUUCCAUGCUUUUGGCUAUCUUAGGGUAGUGGUUAAGGACAUAACCAACUUGAGAUUUCACAUUUGAAUUUCAUAACAUUAUUUGAAUUGUAUUGAAAUUUCAUAACAUUAGUUUACUGUGUAUACUUGUGGAUUGCUUCAACUAGUUAGUUACUCAUUACAUAGCUAUUAAUCUGUUUUCCUUAUUUUUUCUGAUAGAUUAUGGCGAGGACAAAGCAAACUAAGAGGGUAUCGUCUGAAGAGUUGGCCGAUCGUCGUGCCUAUCUCCACGCUUCUCAUAGGCGAGGUGAUCAUGUUACAGAUGUGUCGACUUCUCGGAAGGGGGCUAGGAAGGGGGCUCCGAAGGCGACCACUGAGGUUCCUGCCCCUGCCACUGAGGUUCCUGCCCCUGCUACUGAGGUUCCUGCUACUGAGGUUCCUGCUCUCUCGACGCCUGAGGUUACUGCUACUAAGGUUUCUCCUCAGUCGACGCCUGAGGUUACUGCCCACGAUACUGUUGAGCCUUCCACCUCUUCACUUGAUAUUGAUGCAGUUGAGGAGCCGGAGUCGGAGUCGGAGUCGGAGUCGGGGUCUGAGUCGGGGUCGGAGUCGGGGUCUGAGUCUGAGAUUGAGGGUGAGGAUGUAGAGGUAGAGGAUCCGAAUAUGCCGCCGCUCCAGAGAGAUCCACCGUUUCCUGGUGGGCCGGUUGAGUUGUCACUUCUGCAGCAUUACCCGGAUCACAUAGCGCCGUGGACGUGGCAUACCCUACUAGGCACCACUGACCCUCGUUAUUCUGAGCGAGGUGAUUUGAGGCUUGCCACUGCUGGUACGAAGCUCGGGCUGAUGACGUGUGAGGGGGACAAUUACAGGGAGGUCCGCUUGAUUGUGGAGAGGAGCGGACUGUAUCCACUGGUCAGGUGCAGCUAUGUAGAGACGGAUCCAGGGCUUAUAUCGGCCCUUGUGGAGAGGUGGCACGAGGAGACUAGUAGUUUCCACAUGCCAUUUGGGGAGAUGACUGUCACCCUUGACGACGUCUCCGCUCUUCUUCACAUCCCGGUUGGUGGGAGAUUCUACACUCCAGGAGUGGCCUCGAGAUAUGAUGUGGCAGAGACCUGCGCUUUGCUGUUAGGGGGGGAUGCAGAUUUGUACAUGGCUGAGUUUGAUGUGAAGAGGGGUCCGACUAUGAGGUUCAGCUUCUUGCGAGACCUUUACCCGACAGCUGUUGCAGAGGGGCGGUACGAGCAUGCAGCCAGGAUGUACCUGAUGCAUCUUGUUGGCGCGACAUUGUUCGCCGACAAGAGUGGGGGGCACUCAUUCUCCGCCCAAUGGAUCGGCAUGCUACAGGAUCUUGAGCGGGUUUCGGAGUUCGCGUGGGGCUCCAUGGCCCUUGCCACGUUGUACGACCAGCUUGGACAGUCUUCUCGCAGCGGGGUCAAACAGAUGGGCGGUUACACUUCCCUGUUGAUGGCCUGGGUCUUUGAGCACUUUCCAGACAGGCUCGUUCGCCGGUAUGCGAACCCGGCUUACACAGAGGACCAGCCCAGAGCUCGUAGGUGGACAGAGUCACGGUCGGGGCAUGCUAGGCUUGACGAGAGGCGAGUACUACUUGAUGAGUUGACGGCCGACGACGUCACUUGGACUCCAUAUGAGGCCCACAGGGAAUGGCGACAGCGGGAUGAGAGGGCUUUGUUCUCAGGCUACAUUCGGUGUCCCUAUCCCCCUGCUGUGCGACCUCAUCUUCCGGAGCGGGUCAUGCGACAGUUUGGGUAUAUACAGACAAUCCCGCGCCACCCUAGUGAGAUGGAUAGAUCUCCCGCAGCUGAGGCUGUUGAUGCGGCAUUCGCAGAUUAUGUGCAGUACUUGUUCCCUGAGGGCGACCCUGCUAUGGAGGAGGGACAGGCUGUGGGCGGUUACAUGGAUUGGUACGCUAGAGUGUCUCAUUGUUUCAUCAUACCGGAUGAGAGGAGGAUUGAUCUCAGUGCCGUGGCUGCUUUGCGUAGGGCUUUAGAAGUCCUUGAGUUGUCACUUGAGGUGGAUGAUGCUUUGCUGCCAGGCACACAGGCCCGCGCUUUAACGGAGAGAGCACUUCGCAUCCUCCAGGACUUGGCUGGGACACAGGCAUUGCUUACGCUGCUGGGAGAGGAGGUCUGGGAGCAGGUGGCCGAGCAGGUGGCCGAGCAGGUGGCCGAGCCGGUGGCCGAGCAGGUGGCCGGGAGGGCGGCAGGGCAGGAGCCAGGGGAGGCCGUAGGGGUAGGGGAUGUCGUCGGGGUAGGGGACAGUAGGGGACAUUAGUUGUAUGAGCAUUUUGUUGACAUUACUAUUACGAUAUUAGGGGACUAUGUAUUUUGCACUACUAUUUCGGAUUAGUAUGAGUUUUAUGUUCACUUUAACGUAUGUUUUUUUUUUUUUUUUUUUCACUUUUAC